AUGUCUUUGUCCGUUGGCGUCAAAUCAAGGUGGCUCACAGACAAGGAGACAGACAAUCUAGCUCAGAUAAUACACAACUUCUUUGUAAAGUCGGCCAACAUUGUGGUUAAUUUCAGAACUAGGCGACAACAUCAUAUACAACAGAAGGCGCCAGAGAACCAUUUGAUUGAGGACAAUGGAAAAUACCUCGCAGAGUUGGGUGGCAACUCAUCGUACAGUAAUCAUCUCCGUGAGUCAUCAACCUCCAAAGAUACCCCAGAAGAAAGGAAAACAAUACCUCAACAACGACCAGACAUAUGGUUUAACCUUAAGACAUCAAACAGCUAUAUAUCGAAGAACGAAAUACUUCCAUGGAACAACAAGGACGUGACAAUGCUACCCCCGAUGAUAGUGGAAACGGUUCUCGACUUGUCUACGUUGAGUGAGCAUCAAAAGUUAUUUGUAGACAACGAUAUGAUUAACACAAAGAAGAAAUCGGAGAUUGUGUUAGAGAGGUGGUUGAUUAAACUAGAUCUAGAAAAUUACGACAAUGAUCCGAUUGAUUUGCCUAUAAUUUACAAAAAGACAAUAGUCAUGUUUAGAUGCUUGUACACGCUAACUAGAUUACUUCCAGCAUCCAAAUUGAUAGAUGACAAUUCUGACAAGCAACAAAGCAAAAAGCUUUUCAAUUUGAAAGUUAAAACAAAAAUACUUAAUGGCUCCAAAGCGUUAACUUCAAAGGGAAGGUUCGGAUUGAGUCGUCCGUUAGUGCCCGACAAGCCUGACAUGGACGUGGUUGAGUCAAAAGAUUUGCUACCAGUAUUAACACCGAUAGGCUCACUAUGUUUAUCAGUGUCUUACAGAAAGAACUGUAAUCUCUAUAUACAAGAUUCCAGGGAUAAGUAUGAGAUCUUCAAACCUGAGAAUGCCGAAGACGAAGUAUAUCAAGCCAAUUUUUCUCGUUCAAACACCAUAAACACAGAUAUGAAUAGAACAGCUAAUACGUCGGCAAAAGAUAAUUCAGCUACGACAAAUGUUAACAUAGAUUACCCAAGUACAUCCCCAAUAGGGAAUAUGAAAUUUCGUGCUUCCAGCACGUCUAUAAAUAGCCAAUCAUCGAGGAGAAGAAUGUCGACAAGGUCGGUUUCAAUUUUCAAGACAGGUUCGAUGGCUUCGUCAUCACCUCCGAAUACCAAUUUAUUACACAAUAACAGCGUCUCACCGAAUCAAGUGAUGACCUCUUCAUUUGCGAACUCUAAUCCAAUUCCGGUGAAAAGGGUAGAUUCCACAUCUAGUGUUCACUUCUACAAUAACAGCGCCGAUAGAAAUGAAAAUAACACAAAUCCUAACGUUGCUUUAAUCACUUCAACUUCAAGCAAAUUUCCAUCCUCUUUUGGCUCAAAAUUUAGGAGUGGCUCAAGUCGGAAUAACAGUUUGGAGGGCCAUCUUAUGCUCGGAAACAAUAAUUUCACACCAUCGUCUAAUCCCAUUUUGCAAAACUUCAAAUCCAAAAAUAAAUUCUUUACUUCUUCCUUUUCUGAUAUGGACCCGAACAAUUCUCUAUAUCUAGAUGACGAUUUGAACAAUUUUAUGAAAUUGUUAGACUCUAAACCAGAUUUAAGAAUCUCAAAUAACUCGUCGGUUAUAUUUGAAGAUAGCUUGAGUAAUUUUAAAAGUUUGAGGAAGCACAAUGAUCUAUUUAGUGACUCCCCACUGAAGGAAAGCAUAGCAUUCUCGAGGUCAGCAUCUUCAUCACCUUCAAAACCGCCUCCACUGAUCACUUACACUGACCGUACCACCUUGGAUUCUACAGUUAAAUUACUAAUGGAUAAUAAACAAAAUUUUGAGUCUGAUAACAACAGCAAUAGCUACAUUUCAUCAGCACCAAUCAAUUUUUCAAGAAAUCAUACUAGCUUUGCUCAGUCGAAUACUAAUGUUCCAAAUUCGAGUAACAAUAUUACAUUUGGCUCGCUAGAUAGAAAUAUUGGAUACGAGAAUACAUUCAGUAGAGCCCGAGCAGGAAGUAAAGGUAGUAGAGAUAGUAGAGACAGCCAUGGCAGUAGAGGGAGCAGAGGAAGCACAGGAAUUCUGCAUGGUCCAUUGAUUACGUCUUCUUCCUAUUCUCCGCAUUCUCCUUUGGGAACAUCAGGCCAAGUUGCAACUCACUCUAUUCACUCCAUUUUGAAGGCUAGUGCUACCUCUGGCACAUCUGGUGCUAUAGCAACUGGUAUCAAUACUGCAAUGGAAACAAACAAUGAUCCCAGCAAGCAACUUACCGACUCAUCUUAUGACCGUAAUGGUGUCAAUAGAGAGAAAAUGGAAAGAAUCAGUCCGUCACCCACUUCUUCAUUACCUCGGAACUUGACCAUGAACCGUGCUGGGUCCACAGGAGGGAGGGCUCAUUCACUAUUAAGAAGCCUGAGUGUAAGUUCAGGAGUGAAUUCGGGUCCGAUAACUGGCUCUUAUUAUGCUUAUCAACCUAGAUCAAGAACUGGCUCCAGUGGAUCCGUCACCGGUAGUCACUUAAGGAACGUCUUACAUAGCAGUUUGAGGAAUGAAGGUUACAAGAGCAGACAGUCCAACAAAAAUGGCAACAUAACACCAGAGCAACUGAAAGAUAUGUCGUAUGGACAGCGGGUAUUUGAAAGUGAAGACGAAGCUGAUGAUAAUGAAGAAGCUGAUAACGAAGACAAUUUGAAAAGCAAAAGCUCCUCUGAAAUUGGUGAAAUUGGUGAGCGGGAUUCAGAAUUUGCUCUGCAUUCCAGUAAUGAAUUGAAAGCCGUCGAAAAAGCCGACAACAAUGAUAAUAGUGCAAACAAUAGAGUAACUAAUAACGCAAGCGAGGCAACAACUAUGCAACGAGGAAGCCGAGGUUCUUUGAAUAACAUCCUCACUAACAUGAAAAAUAUGCAACGCAGACAGAGCAGUGGCCGAAACUACAAUCAUUUACGCCUUAGUGGUGGGGCUGGUCCUGUUACUCUCCAUCCAGACGAUGUCGGAUACGAACGUGGAGAAGAGGAUGACGAAGACGACGAAGAUGAAGACGACGACCUGUUGUUUGAAAUGAGCGAUAUGACAGCAAUUAAAUAG